AUGCCUUCUGAAUCCAAGUACCCCAAUCUGCCUAUCCCUAACGUGGACCUCUGGGCGUUCUUGUUUGAGAGGAAAGAUAAGCCUUAUGCGGAGGACAAAGUAAUCUACUAUGAUCCAUACACCAAGCGAUCUUACACCUACGCUCAAGUCAAAGCCACUGCCGAGAACUUUGGCAAGGGUCUCAAGGCUCUCUGGGACUGGCAGAAGGGCGACGUGCUUGCACUCUAUACUCCAAACUGCAUUGACACUCCAGCGGUAACAUGGGGCUGCCACUGGGCUGGCGGCAUCCUCAGCCCGGCCAACCCAAGCUACACAGUCGAGGAGCUCGCCUUUCAACUCAAGGACUCAGGAGCCAGGGCUGUGGUCACACAACUACCAUUUAUCAAAAAUGCCCAAGAGGCGGCAAAACAGGUUGGAAUACCUCUUGACAAGGUCAUUGUGAUGGGUGAUCAAAAAGAUCCCGAGUACAAAGUAAAACACUUCACUAGCAUCAUCAACACUGCGGGCUCUGCGAAGUAUCGGAGGACUAAGGCAAAUCCAGACGACGAUCUAGCAUUCUUAGUGUACUCCUCGGGAACAACGGGCAAACCCAAAGGUGUAAUGCUCACCCAUCGAAACAUUGUUGCAAACAUAUUGAUGUUGAAAGCCGGAGAGGCUGGCCGUUUGAAACCAACGGGGGGUCCGAACGGCGAGGGCGAUAAACUGCUAGCGUUUCUACCCUUCUUCCACAUCUACGGCCUCACCUGUUUGAUUCACCAGAGCAUCUACACAGGUCUACAGCUGGUUGUCAUGCCGAAGUUUGACCUCGAAGACUUCUGCCGAUUCAUCCAAGAGCUCAAGAUCACGUUUGCCUACGUCGUCCCGCCCAUCGUGCUUCUCCUGAGCAAGCAUCCCCUAGUCUCCAAGUAUGACCUCAGCUCAAUACGUAUGAUGAAUAGCGGAGCUGCACCAUUAACCCGAGAGCUCGUAGAUGCAGUUCACAAAAGACUUCAGAUACCUGUCAAACAAGGCUACGGGCUCUCAGAAACCAGUCCAACCACGCACACCCAGCCAUGGCAGGAUUGGAAUAAGACGGUUGGAUCUGUAGGUACGCUUCUCCCGUAUCAGACAGCGAAAUAUAUGUCACCGGAGGACAAGGAGAUGCCAGUUGGUGAGGUGGGGGAGCUGUGGAUCAAAGGUCCAAACGUCUUCAAGGGCUAUCUGAACAACCCGGAGGGCACCGCGCAUGCGCUGACAGCGGACGGCUACUUCAAGACUGGUGACGUGGGUUAUCAGGAUAAAAACGGCAACUUCUAUAUCACAGACCGCGUCAAGGAGCUCAUCAAGUACAAGGGUUUUCAAGUGCCGCCCGCAGAGCUUGAAGGUAUUCUGGUCUCACACCCGAAAGUUCUCGACGUUGCUGUGAUAGGCGUGUACGAUAAGAAUCAUGCAAGUGAACUUCCGAGAGCCUACGUCGUGCCUACGGAUGGUCUGGGCAAGAGUGAGACAGAUGCGAAGGAGAUUGUUGACUGGCUGAGUGGUAAAGUGGCAAAUCACAAAAAGUUGCGCGGGGGAGUGAGAUUCGUGGAUGAGAUACCGAAGAGUGUUUCAGGUAAGAUUUUAAGAAGGUUGUUGAAGAUAAAGGCACAGGAAGAGGAGACGAGCGUCGCAAAGGCGAAACUUUAG